UGAGUUUGAUAACCUUCUCCGCCAGCUCCUUCACGGCAUGGGCGUAUUCCGCCAACACUACCGCCGCCGCCGCCUCCACCUCCAUCACCACAUCGUAGCUGCCUUAACUUUUCUCUUAUUUGCUUCCGCUUCAGCCAGAAGUCUUUCUCAACUCGAAAGCGAGUUCCGGGUGAGAGAAGGGAGCAAGAAGAGAAGUGGGUCGGAGGUGACGGACCGGUUCUUGUCUCAGAAACAACACAGCGGUCCGGGUUCUCAGCCACCUUCUUGUAGAUCCAGCUGUGGGAGUUGCUCGCCCUGUAAACCGGUUCACGUCCCGAUUCAACCGAGCUUGAUGAUGCCGCUCGAGUACUACCCUGAAGCUUGGCGUUGCAAGUGUGGCAACAAGAUUUUCAUGCCCUAAAAACAUAUGGCAACAU